AUGGCGACGACGUCCAAUCCACCAAUUAGCACGCAGAAUGGACAGCCGGAAACUAAAGUGGUCGAUGAGAUUCCGAAUGAGCUCAAUGAUCUCUUGCUAAUCGUCGUCAAGAAUUUCUUCUCAAAUGAGCAUUAUUUGGUGGUUUAUUAUAUAAUGCGUGCCGAGUGUAUACGCGAAGAAAAUCUACGAACGCGUUUAAAUUUCGACCAAAAGAUGCUGCGCUCACUUCUAGUGAGCCUCAAGAACGAGAAGCUCGUCAAAGAGCGCCUAUUGUCGCAGAAGAAUGAGAACGGAAGGAAUGUGUCGAUCAUUUUCUAUUUCAUCAACUACCGAGCAGUUUUAAAUGUUGUCAAAUACAAAAUCGAUCAUAUGCGGCAAAAGCUUGAAUCGAGGGAGAAAAAUGACACGAACAAGGCGCAUUACAAAUGCGGCAACUGUAUGAGCACAUAUGACAUGCUCGAAAUCAACGGAAUUCUGGAUUUCGCCACCGGAAGGCUAACAUGUUGGAGGUGUCAUGGCGAAGUGACGCCGGAUGAAAGUGUAGCGCCUUCGAAUUUAACAAGAACCGCUGUUGCUCGAUUCAAUGAGCAAAUGGCACCGCUGUUCUCACGGAUUCAAUCUCUUCAUGGCAUCCAAUUGGCUCCACAUCUUCUCGAGCCGGAUAUUACCAAAUAUCUUGAAGAUGACAAAGCUCGCGAACUUCAACUCCAGCAACAAAUGGACUUCACUUCGAGUGGGCAACGAUUGGGUCUCGGUGGUGUCGCGCAUUCGUACAACAAUAUUGCAUCGAUCAACUACCAUCAUGGGGACCAGAUUACUGUCGAUUUGAACGCCGAUAUCAAUAAGGGUCCUGUCGAAGAGGCGAAACAGGUGCCGACGUGGCUGCAGGAUAAUGCUAUUGGUGGAUCGGAGGAUAAUCACAACGAUCAAAUAUUGUCGAAAUUCAGCGAAAAUGUGCCGGAGACCGACAAUUCUAACAAUAACGCGUUCCUCGAUCUUCUUGCUGCUUGUGAAGGUGGAUCGAAUGACGAACCGGUCGAGCCGGAGCAGAAACGGUCCAAAGUUGGCGAGACGCAAAAUGAGGAAGAUGCAGAAGACGAGGAUGAGGAGGAAAUGGUGUAUGUUGGUGGAAAGCCGAUGCCGCUAAGCGAAGUCACUCCCGAAAUGGUCGAAAGCGAAAUGAGCGAAGAGGAGCGGCAGCAUUACACAGAAAUCGUUCAGAAUAUGCACUUCUUCUAG